AUGACAGUCCUUUACGCCUCCAAGGCGAAGUCUACGCGUUUUAAGGCGGUGGUGGAGAGAGCGAGGCGGCUUCUGCUUGCCGGGGCAUCGGGAGCUAAUGCGAUUCGCGUACUUAGCCGCAGCCUUGGCAUAGCAGUGGAUGCUGGCGGGAAGCUUGUGGAGAAAGCCACCUUUGUAGAAUGCCUGGAGCAAAGUGGAGUUCCAUUAGACGAGAAGGAUGUGGAGGCGGUAAUGUCUGUCUUAGAUAGGAAGGGCGAUGGCACACUGGACCCGGUAGAUUUUAUUGCUGCCUUGCGCAGGGAUCUCACCCCAGUGAAGUCUGCGUGGAUCACGCGGGUGUGGUACCAAUUUAAGCAGAACGCAGAUGGGACGAUCCGCAUUGACGAUCUGGUGAAUGCGUUUAAUGCUGCGGGAGAUCCCGCGGUUGUGCGUGGCGAGCGCAGCGAGGAAGAGGUGCGUGAGGAAUUUCAAGCAACAUUCAACACCACCACGAAUCCUGAAGGUGUCUUAACGCGGCAGGAGUUUGAGGAGUACUACUCAUGUGUGGCAGGGUCUUGCCUUGACGACGCUUCGUUCCUGACGCUCGUGCGGGGUGUGUGGCCUGCGCUUGCAGGGAAUGCGGGUGGACCCAUUGAAGUGGCCUCUAAUAAAGAAAACAUAUGUGGCGCCACCUUUACGGCCUCGCAAACGGCCCUUGAGAAAGGUGACGUCAACAGGGUGAGGCAAAAUGCCGCAGACCUUGACGCGCUUAUUCGUACUAAACACCGUCCUGCUGUCAUGGCUAAACCGCUUGCCGCCCGACAACUUUCGCUUCAUUUGCGCGAAAAGGAUGCAGAGCGAACAUUUUUUCUCACAAGCGGCGCCUUCACAGAGGCAUUGUGGCAGCAACGACUCUACAUUCCAAGACCGGAUGAACUUUUGCCGGUUUUGGACACAAAAGGAGAAGGCUCGGUUGAUUACCUGCUCUACCUGACGUUGCUUCUCCCACCUCUACCCCCAGCCCGUAGAAUGAUGCUUGAGCGACUGUGGGAAUUGUUUCCAAAAGACACAUGCGGUACUAUUGAUGCCUUGGAGUUGCACCGGCGAUUCCAAGCAAAAGAUGGUGAGGAGAAGAAUGCGUUUCUCAGCGCAUGGGAUGUUCGCCGCGCCAUUCGACGGCGCCUCACGCUGGAGGAACUUGUCGAGUGGUACGUCCCCAUAAGCGAUAAGAUUCAGUUGGAUAAUGACUUCGCUGUGUUGCUGGAGCGACAGUGGGGUUUGGUGUAG